CUUACGUCUGGCCUUUCAUGACGUCAUUUGUCAGACUUCUUUGUAUGAUUGCGAGUCGGCCGCCUCGUCAGAUUAACCUCACAAGCGUGUGAAAGUUGGCCGACGGAGAUUCUAGAAACUUCAUGUUUGUGGUGGUGGUGAUGUGAUCCCGGACAAUACGUUUUGCAUGGGCGGAAAAAAGUCGGCUAGCUCGGUUGCACGAGAUGGAAUUGGGCCAAACUCAGCAACUUGCACAUUCUCUGACGAGACGGCGGACACACGCAAUGCAAAGGCGUCCGGUAAAUGACGUCACGACGACCAGGGCGUAAAGCGCAGCCUUGGGUGUUAUUUUUAUUUUUUUUUUUAAGUUUGGUGUGGGGUGGCGGGAGGGUGGUUUGUUUUGUUUUGUUGUCGGUAUGGACAAUCAGACAGAAGAGCCAGAAAAUGUUGUUGAUGAGCAACAAGUGGAUGAACCAGCAGUCGUGGCUCCAACGACAGGGGCUGCGCAGGACAGCGUCGAGGAACCCGAUCGUCCGAGUGCCGAGGGCAUGGAAACGAGUGUUGGAGAUGCCGAGCGUCUCAGCAUGGAGAGCAUUAAAAUGAGUGUCGGAGACUCCAAGCGUCUGAGUGCCGACAGCAUUGAAAUGAGCGUGUUGUACGACGCUUCUAUAAAAGACGAGGCCUCCAAAUGCAACGUCACGUCCUGGGUGUCGGGGCGAGUUUUUUGCUGCUUCGCGGGCUUUGCGUUGAUUCUCAUUUGUACCUUGGCCGGCUGGUACAUCAACGAUUCAAAGUUAGACCAGAUGAAGGAACAACUGAAAGCCCGAAAUAUGCUCCUGAACAAACUGGUGAAAAACAUCGAAAGCACGCAGCAACAGGUGGACCUUCUCCAGCAGCGGUAUAAGCACCUCCGGGAUGAAAUGAACGCCAUCGAGACGAAAGUGAACGCGGCAUCUGAAAUUCAGUCGAGCCUGCUGAAGAAGAUUCCUGGACUACAGGCCAACUUUGAACAACUCAAUGCCACGGCGAACUUUUACUCCGGCGCUCUCCGAUCUAUGAAAGUUGCCAUCGAGGAGUGUCAGUGGCACCUUUCGGACGGACUGAAGUUGCCCACCGAUUUGAUGUACACACUCUUUUGUGGGAAAAGCGCCGAUCUAGCGAGACUCCAGAUAUGCUGCAAGGAAGGCUGGGUGAGGCACAAUUUACAUUGCUACGUCUUGUCCACCCAAGAAAAAAGAUGGAGCGAUGCCGAACGAGACUGUAAGGAAAAGGACGGCGAAUUCGUUGAAAUCCACAACCCCCGCGAGCAGAAGUUCCUCACCAAGCUUUUACUGGAAAAGGCCGGAGCAAACUACGACGCGUGGAUCGGCUUGUCGUACCAAGACGGCGGCUACAAGUGGUCCGACGACCGCCCGCUUUCCAACGUCUCAUUUUGGAAGGCGGACGACGGGCGCGCGGUUGAGGACGCGCGAGGUUCCUGCGUGGCCAUCAAGCACUCGCCGGGCGCCGCGGAGGACAGCUGGGAUCACAACUGGGACCCCUUCCCCUGCGCCGCCAGGAAACGCUACCUGUGCAGAACUUGCAUCUUUUGCGAAAAGGGGAGCAAGCAGUAAAGUUCCUGGGGAACCUCAUUUUUUUUCGCCGCGCUCUGGCAUUCCAAUGCUUGCAGUCUCCCGAGUUUGGAACGAAAGAAGACGUGAAUCGAUUCAACGGUUUAGAUCAGGCAUGACCAAAGUCCGGCCCGCGGGCCAAAUCCGGCCCGCGGUCGACUUUCAUCCGGCCCUCGGCCCCCGUCAUAAAAUCAGUGCCGUCUGGCCCGCAGUUUGGGCGCAAUGGAA